UUUCACGUCGCGUCUGUUGUACCCCAGCAGUGAUGCCAGCGAGAGCGCUGGAAUUCUAUAGCGGGAUAGGCGGCCUUCAUCUAGCGCUUGAACGCAGCAAAAUCGCCGGCCAGGUCGCUUGCGCAUUCGACUGGGAUCAGGCUGCCGAGCAGGUAUAUAAGCACAACUUCCCGGCGACGCCGGUCAAGAGGGUGCGUGAUAUGAUCCCGCACGCGCAUCGUUACACUGACUUAUCCACGCAGGUCGAUAUAUCUACUCUUACAGCGUCUUCAUUACGCGACCUUUUUCCCGACAUCGACAUCUGGCUUUUGUCCCCCGCAUGUCAGCCGUAUACAGUGCUCAAUCCGAACGGCAAGGGCGCACAAGACCCUCGUGCUCAGUCCUUCCUACAUCUCGUACAAGUCGUCUUGCCCGAUCUCGCGCGCGAGGGGGCCGCUCCAAGAUAUCUGCUUGUAGAGAAUGUUGCAGGCUUCGAGCAAUCAACAACUCGCCAGCUUACGCUCUCAAUCUUGCAGAGCAUGGGCUAUCACUGCGCAGAAUUUCUGCUCACUCCACUCCAGUUUGGCAUACCGAACUCUCGCCUACGUUAUUACCUCCUUGCACGAAGAGACCCCUUCCCCUCCAUUUCUUCCAAAUCUGCUGCUUCAGUACUGCGAUAUAUCCCGGGGCAUGGCUCUGGCCCUUGGAUCGAUCCUCGUACCGAAGGGCCUGCUUCGUCAACUGUUUCAUUUAAAACCAGAUGCCUCCAGGAAUUUCUUGAUCAAAACAUGGCAGAAAGCAUAGCUGCCAAGUAUACAAUCCCUGACAAGGUUCUGGUCAAAUGGGGCUGGCUGUUUGACAUUGUGUACCCAAGUGAUAGAAGGACUUGUUGCUUCACAAGAGGUUAUACUAAGUUGGUUGAGAGGGCUGGGUCCAUUCUACAGAUGAAUGAAGAUAUGGAUACUACACAGACCUUUGAAGAAUAUCAGGAAGCAUGUCAAGAGACCAAUCCUACACAGGCUCUGCAGAUACUUCGGCCUCUCAGAUUACGCUACUUUACUCCUCAGGAGCUGCUAUGCUUGUUUGGCUUCAACGAUCCUGGGCUUCAAGUAGCAUAUAAGUGGCCUUACAAUAUAUCAGAGAAGACAAAAUAUAGAUUGAUUGGGAAUAGUGUUAAUAUACAUGUUGUUACAAAUCUAGUAAAUUAUCUAGUUAGUUGAAUGAUUACAGUGUUUUGUGCUA